GCGAAAAUUGAGAAACACACAGCUGGUCUUUUUCAAUAAGGUGGAUUGCGCAUCAACGUGGAUUGGUUGUGCGUCUUAAGUGAACCGUAUCCAAAGAAAAUGCCGGCCAACUCUACAGACUGUCACGAGACUCUCACCGUGGAGUCGGGACUCCCAACCAUGUCGGCGGUGAUGUUCGCCCUCGGUGUGGCGGGAAACUUCGUCGCGCUCGCGCUGCUGGAGACGCGGCGGCGGACGAAUUGUCCGUCGCUGUUCCGCAUCCUCGUCACGGCGCUCAUCACCACGGACCUGUUGGGCACGAUCGCGGUCACCCCCUUGGUGCUCGUCGCGUACGCCAAGAACACCACGCUGGUGGCACAGGGUGACCACGGCGUCCUGUGCUCUUACUUCGGGUUCAGCAUGACGUUUCUGAGCCUCUCCACGCUCUCGAUCUUGUGCGCCAUGGCGCUGGAGCGCUUCAUCGCGCUGGGGUUCCCCUACUUCUACGACAGACACAUCACGAGCACGCGCUGCGGCUACGUCGCGAUUGCGCUCAUCUACCUGGCGUGCGUGCUCUUCUGCGCCUGCCCGUUAAUGGGGUUUGGAAAGUACGUGCAGUAUUGCCCCGGGACGUGGUGCUUCCUGGACAUGAGCCCGCCCAGCGAUUCGGAUAAACUCUACACCGCGUUUUACGCCUGCUUUACGCUCAUUGUCAUAAUGUGCACCUCGGUUUGCAACCUGUCCGUCAUUCACUUUCUGGUUAAAAUGCACCGGCGGCGGAACACACACCACCGGGCCGGACGCUCGCUGAGCAGAAGGUUUUUCCGCAGGUCGCUGUCCAUGAUGGAGGAAGUCGAGCAUAUUCUGCCUCUGAUUUUUAUAACGGUGGCCUUCUCAAUCUGUUCUUUUCCAAUACUGCUGCGGGUGUUCAUCAACUUCAUCGGCAGGACGGAGGAGCAGCAGGCCAGCGACCUGCACGCCCUGCGCAUGCUCUCCUUCAACUCCAUCAUCGACCCCUGGGUCUUCAUCUUCCUCGAGCCCUCCGUGCUCAAGUUCGUCUGGAGGAACCUGUGCCGCCGCCAGGGGCAACCACACAACCCUAAGUCUCCGGUUCAGCCCAGAUUGCAGAUAACGACCACCACCACCACCACUAUCUCCAGCCCCACCCCUACGGGGGUGAGCCUCCAGAGUUGUGGUGACCUAGAUGGAUCUUCGUGACAGGUGGGGGGUCUAUUACAGGGGCACCCUCAGCAGCCAAUUUGCGUGGGGGGGACGGGGACGGGGGGACGGGGACGAAGACGACGAAGAAGACAAGACUCUAAGUCAAACAGCAAUUUAGUAAUUUAUCAAAUAUGUUAAAAUUGUAAAGAAGUACUAUCUUUGCACCGCAAUGGCUAUGUCUUACCUCUGUGUUAUGGCAGAGAUUGAGGGGGGAGCAGGGGGGACAGCCCCCCGCAAUGUUGAGAUGGUCUAAGAUGGUCUUUGCAAAAUUGUUCAGUGAUGUUGAUACUUCAGCACAGCCCAAAACGUGUUAAAAUGUUGUUUUUAUACAACAAUGAUCAAAAACAAUAGUUUGGGAGCGGAGCCAAUAUGUUUGUGUGGCACUUGGGAGAGGAAGAGUCAAUGACAGGGUUGGGGGUUUUCACCUUAUUUGGAGACCUCCCAAAAGCAUGGAGGUAACUGGUCACCCACCCAAUGUGGAGCUGAUAUCUACACCUUUGUGUUAGGGAUGCACAAAGUGACACUAAGGCAGAGUUUGGACUAAACGUGCUCGGAUAAGAAAGGCAACUUAGAACUUAUGGUUAACUUAAUCUUAUUUUUGACUAUAUAUUUGAACUGUUAAUUCUUUGAAAAUAAUAAACCCUCAGUGUCUUCAAAA